CGCACAGUAUUUAGUGAAAAAGUGAAUCGGGCACUGAAACUAUUUGCAAUUUUAGGCAUUUCCAAUUGCUCGCAGGCCAGCCGCUGGUCGAGAACGUUCCGAGAGCCCCGAAAAGAGUGUAAAGGUGCAAAAUGCCGACCCACUGGGCCAUAAACUGCGAUGGCUGCAACACUGGCAGCAUCAGUCGCUACCGCUACAAGUGCCUCAGGUGCGCAGACUACGACUUGUGUCAGGCCUGUUUCGAGGCCAAGGCGGUGACUCUGCAGCACCAGUCGGGGCAUCCAAUGCAGUGCCUGCUGGACGACGAGGCCAAGAUGCUGCACUUUGCCGGGGAGCCAAUGCCCGUGCUGAGCGCCGACAGCUUCACUUGCCCCGUCUGCGGCGCCAUGGGCCACUCGGACGUCGAACUGGCGAAGCACGUGGACGACGAGCACCGCGACGAUCGCAGCCUGGUCAUCUGUCCGCUGUGCGUGGCCGUGCCCGGGGCUCAUCCGGACCUCUUGCGCAACAUCUGGCAGCACCUGCGCAAUCGCCAUCGUGCCACGCCAAGCAUUCUGCGUGACUCUGUGCUGGAAAAUGCCGUCCGCCACGAACGGGAGCCGUCUGAGACCGGCACCGAGGAGUCGGACAUCGAUAUUGCCGGCAGCAUCUCCUGGCCGCCUCGCUCGCCCCUCAUGCCCGGCGCUUCGUCGCCGAACUCCUCGUUCAUCUUCUUGGGUGAAAUUUACCCAAACGUUGCCGCUUCCGAGGGCGAGGGUCCGCCCGCCCAGCAGGUGCGCUUCAGCAUCGAUGAUAGCAGCGAUGAGAAUGCCUAAAAGGCAAAUCUCUUCCGCUUACCCCACACUUUUUUUUUUAUAUAUUUUUUUUGCACCUACAGAGUUGCACGUACACUACACUACACGAUGAUUGAGGCCUCAGCAUUUAUUCCCACAUUAAUACAAGUGCACUUACACUUAAACGCACACACACACACCAAUACAUACAUGUCUGCACCCACGAAAUUUGUUUAACAUUUUUCGUUCAAUUUUAAUGCAUCGUUUUGGGACAUUUUUGCUGCCACACAGACACACACACA